GAACCUACGUCGUCCCAGUUGGAUGGAGUGUAAAUGCUUAAUUUUAUUGUGUCAAGCCGCGAUCUCAGUACGCCAUAGUUACCCGUUGUGCGCCGGAAAACGGUCGCGCGCCAUCAUCUUGAGUUUUCCCGCCAAUCGUUUAAUUAAGAAUUAAAGUUUUUAAAGUGACGUAGGAUUUAUGAUAUAGUGUCAUUUAACAUAAAUAAGUGAUUUGAAAUAUUAAAGUGGUUUUUUUUUCUAUUGGAAUUCUAAUUAAUAACAACUAUUAUAUUAUAACAGACGGCGGGACACGCGCUAUGAACAAGAAGUCGCAUAAGAAAAAGCAAAAGAAGAGAGGCAAAGCUGAUGGCAAGAAUAAAGAGAACAUCAUCGAUGCUGAUGGCCAACAUAACGUGGCUGACAGUGAGGAAGGUCAGUCGGCCACGCCGGCGGAGAAGGACUGUUGUUAUGAAGUGAAACAUUCUGUUGUGAUGGGCAGGUACGUGGUGGCGGCUCGUGACAUCAGGGCUGGUGAGGUGAUCAUCGAGGCCCCCGCGCUGGCGGUGGGGCCGUGCACCGGCUGUGGGCUCAUCUGUCUCGGAUGCUACAGGGAACUGGAUGAAAGUAGUCUCUUUAAAUGUCGCGGCUGCAAAUGGCCAAUGUGCAGUGGCUCGUGCCCCGGCCAGGGUCAGUACACCGGACACUCCAAGUAUGAGUGCGACACGCUGAAGACUGCGCCACCAGACUACUCUGAUCUUGUUGACCUGAAAGAUUCUUAUCAAGCUUUAAUGCCAUUGAGAUGUCUGCUUCUAAAGGAGGCAGAUCCAGAGAAAUGGUCAGUAAUUUGUGCAAUGGAACCCCACAACGAGUUGAGACGUGCCCGGGGCGAUAUCUUCCCCAUGAACGACAGGCAUGUCGUGAGAAGAAUAAAGAAAUGGAAUCUGAAGUUUGACGAAGAAGAGAUACACAACGUUUGUGGCAUAUUAGAGGUGAACGCGUUCGAGGUGGGUGGCAGCGGAGCCAACGCCCGCGCGCUGUACGGCGAUGCGCACCUGCUGGCGCACGCGUGCACGCCCAGCACCACGCACACCGACGCGGAGCGGGCCGCACGCCGCCCGCUCACCGUCCGCGCCGCCGUGCCGCACCGCGCCGGCGACCUCGUCUCGCUGUGCUACGCGUACACGCUGCAGGGUACACUAAAACGCCGUGAACAUAUAAAGCAGACCAAGUUCUUCGAUUGCUCGUGCAAACGUUGCUCGGACCCCACAGAACUAGGAACAUAUGCCAGCGCAUUCAGAUGCCCAAAGUGCACUGGGAGAGUACUGUCUACGGCACCGCUAGAUCCUGACGCCCAGUGGAAUUGUAUCGACAAUGGAUGCACAUACACGAUGCCAGCGGCGGCCGUACAAAUGCUACUGAAGAGGUUAACAGAUGAAUUUGAACAAAUAGACGCCAACGACGUUCCAGGCUUUGAGAACUUCCUGCAUAAGUACAGGAAUGUCCUCCACACAACACACUACCUCUGCCUGUCCGCUAAACACUCGCUGAGUCAGCUAUAUGGAAAGGUGGCAGACUAUAUGAUCCAUCAGAUGCCGGAGAACGAGCUCAAGAGGAAAAUUGAAAUAUGUAGAGACCUGAUGAAAGUCUUCGAUGUCAUUGAGCCGGGAUAUUCCAGAUUAAGAGGUGUAACAUUGUACGAGUUACAUGCUCCUUUAAUGAUUUUAACCACAAGAGACUUCGAACGCAAAGCUAUAUCAAAAGAAAAUCUACGAAACCGUCUCAAAGAGAUUGUUGGAUACUUAACGGAGUCAGCGUUGAUCCUCGGCUUCGAACCAGCGCAAUCGUCCGAGGGUCUCAUGGCGUCGGCUGCACGGGACGCCUUGAAAAAAAUAAGGACUUGGGAACAGAUUAUCGGGAAGAUAUCGUGAGAGCAAUACUGAUUUGUUAAAAGAAUACCUUAUAAAUGGAAUGACGGACGUUUGAGAUUGCUUGCGUUGUUAAGUGUGAAGGUAUCAUCCUGGCAUAUAUUGUAUUGAUUAUAAUAAGAUGACUUGUUAACUAUGUAUUAGACAAUAAAUUAUUUAUAAAUGUAAAUUAUUUUAAAAUUUAGGCAUUUUUGGAUAUUCCGUACAUAUUUAUCGUGUCAUUUAUAUUGAAAACAAUAGAUAAAUGUUUUAUUUGCUAUCAGUCAGUAAUCUUAGUUUAUAUAGAUAGAUUUUAUAUAAAUGAUUCGCCAAAAACAAGUCAGUUUUUGUAUUUAUGUGCGUAAAUGUAUGUAUGUAUGUGUAUCCAUACAUACAUACAUUUAAGUGUAUGUAUACAUACAUACGAGUAUGUGGGAAAAACUGAUAUUAUAAAGUUAAAAUGAAAUAUAGAAAAAAAUACUUUCAAACCAAAAUAUAAAAAAAUCACCUUUACUGGGAAAUAUUUAAUCCAAUUACAUGCAACAUUGAAAUAAAAGCGCGAUUAGAUCUAAAAACAAGGAAUUAUAUCCAAAAUCUUUGGUUUUGAUAUAAAAAAAAAUCUAAUCAAAAUUAGCUGAACAUCAACUUAACUAACUAAAUUUUAAAACUUUUUGAUACUCGAUGCUCUAUCUAUAUAAUUUAGUCUGAACAUUCAAUUAAAUUAUAACCUCUCAUACAAAUACCUGUCAUCAAGUACUAAAAAUCAUUGCAUUGCAUUUAAAAGGUAUCGCAAUAAAAUUUACCAAUUAAUUAAAUAUGUACAUAAGCAAUGUGGAUAAAAAAAGUUAUUGUAUUUUUUUUAUGUAAAUAUGUAAAAUUUUUCUUUCGUUAAAGACAUGUAAUUUUGUAAGCAAAGUUGUAAAAAAGGUAUUUUAAUAAAAAAAAUUAAGUAUAUAUUUAUCGUCUCCUAAUAUAUAUCUUGUAUCUUCUUGUAUAGAUAGGUAUAUUAAACUAAUACAAAGUGACUUUGUCUAUUUGUUAUUACGUUUUCUCUGUUCAGUUAUUAAAAGACUAAGUUGGCCGUAGAAAGAGAAUGCUAAGUACAAAUAUCCUCAAUCUAUGAUGUUGGCAAAUUUGAACAUGACAUCCUUCCUUAACGUCAUAAAAAAAUCCCGCCAAAAAGACAUUUUUUUUUCUAUCUCGGAAUAUCUUUCUUUACCUAGAAAUUGAAAAGAAAUAUUACUUUGCCCCUGAAUGGUAUUUAAUUCAUAGACCAAGUAUAGUAUCUGCGUUCGAUUUAAUUUUACGAAUAUUAAAAAAGUACAUAUUAACACAUUGUAAUAAUAACGUCACAGACUAAGGUUACAAAGUUUUAAUCUAAUGAAUAUUUCUCUCUUAACCUAUUUACUUAUUCAUUCCUUCCACUAAAAAGACAAUAAUUGAUUACUGCUUUGUUAAUAUUUAUAUACAUAUUAACUUUUGUAAACUAAUAUAGUAUUU